AAAGGGAUAAAUAGAGAUUAAAUAUGCAUGAAUCAUUGAAGAAACGACCAAUAAGAUAUUUGACGGAGGCAGAACGGAGUCGUCUGGAGGAAUUUAUUGAAAAUAUUCAUUAUUCAACAAGAUAUUCAGAUGACACACAUGAAUAUAGACAUGUUAUUUUACCAAAACCCAUGUUGAAAGCAAUUCCUAAAGAUUAUUUUAAUCAGGAGACAGGAACAUUGAAAAUUUUGCAUGAAGAAGAAUGGAGAGGGCUUGGUAUUACACAGAGUCUUGGGUGGCAACAUUAUGAAAUCCACGUUCCCGAACCACAUAUUUUGUUAUUUAAGAGGAAAUAUGAUCAACAAGGAAAACAUGCACAACAAGUAACAUAA